AUGCAAUUGCUCGUCCUCGUCUUGUUUUACUUUGAAUUACAUUCUCAACUUGGAAAUUAUGAUACAAUUCGAACACCAAAACAAGGACGAGAUUUUGAUUAUCGAUAUUCAUCAUAUGAUCUUUAUUUAGUUGGAGCAACAAAUGAAAUUUAUCGAUUUAAUCUUAAACAAGGUCAAUAUCUUGAAUCUCUAUCAAGCAAAUUAAUGGUCAAAAAUUUAACAUCAAUCGAACCUGGUACACCACUCAAUCAUAUGCUCAAUAUACCAGGCACUGGUACAAUAUGUCUCACUAAUACAUUGGGUAAUGCACCAAAAUGGUGUACAUUUCUUGAUAAUAUUACUGAAGAAUUUGAAGAAAAACCAGCUGAUACAGUCUAUAAUGAUUAUAAAUUUUUAACAUUAAAUUAA